CUAAGCUAGGUUUAAGUUCUUUUGCCUAUUUAAAAAUUAAAAGAAAACUUUUUGCACUGCUUCAAUAUCGCUUCAUACUUUCACUUGUAAAUUAAAAGCCGUAAGGUACAAUACACGUUGUAUUUUCCCUUGAAGCUAUCGUGUGUACACAAUGCAUGUCUAGUCACACCGUGAAAGCCAUCCUCCAGUGUGACUCCGACUUCGGGGUGGGACGCACGCUUCUCAAGCCGGAAAAGUUGUCGGGAAAAUACGAUCAGCUUAUUUGAUUAGUAAUUCGAUUUGAAGUGAAAAGACUCUCGAUAUUUUUGUGUCCUCGCGAGAUUUCAGUUUUCGGCUGUACGCCGAGUUUUCUUUUGCUAUGGAAGGUCUGGAGCAAUGAGAGUAUAGCAAGCGUAGUGGCCGGGAUGGCGGCCAUGCCUGGACAAGGGAACAGCGUGAGUGCUGGUGAAAUGAAGAACACAACGCCAGCGGCAAGCAACAGGUCUUCAAGUAGUGGCUCGCGUCGGGGGUCGUCUCCGCGCAACGAAGAUCAGCAGGAGACGUGUGACGCGACAAUACACAAGCCGGACUCCACAAGCCCGCUUCCGCCAAGACCUCGCCCCGUCAGCUACGACAGAGACCACAGUGAAAAAGUCAAUACCAUAGCUAGUUUAACUGGGGCGGGCGUGCUGACACACACAGCACCUUCGUAUGAGGAGCAACGCGCCAGUCCAGCGUUGCUUAGUCGAGGGGCUGGUGGUACUCCGGGAGGACGCAGCGCACGCGAUGAUGGCUAUUGUUCAGCCAGUAGCACUCCAAGGGCUCUUGACCACAAGCCAACGAAGGGAUCUGUCGUAACCUUAUCGUGCUACAAAAAAGAGCCUAAAGUACAAAUAGAGGAAGAGUAUUUUUAUACCGAAGGCAGCAAACGACUUAGAGCGAACAGCAAGCCUGAAACAUCAGAUGGCCGAGAGACAUGGGGCACCGGGGCAGACUUCCUUCUGUCCAUCAUUGGUUUCGCGGUUGAUCUGGCCAACGUCUGGAGAUUUCCGUAUCUUUGCUAUAGGAAUGGCGGUGGGGCCUUCUUGAUACCCUACACUCUGAUGCUGGUUUUCGGAGCAGUUCCUCUGUUCUACAUGGAGUUGAUCCUAGGGCAGUAUAACCGACAAGGACCUAUCACUCUAUGGAAAAUAUGUCCAUUGUUUAAAGGUGUUGGAUUCUGCGCAGUCAUGGUUGCGUUUUAUGUUUCCUUCUAUUAUAAUGUAAUAAUUGGCUGGGCUUUCUACUUCUUGAUGUCGUCAGCUCGAUCAGAACUGCCCUGGGUGCAUUGCGAUAAUUCUUGGAACACGGAACAAUGUUGGGACUCGGCUCGGUUGAAUGGUACCAAUCGCACGGAUGUUAAAUACCAAGGACCACUGUCGCAUUUCACGCCCGCUUCAGAAUUCUUUCAUCGAGCAGUCCUGGAAAUGCAGCAUUCGGAAGGUUUGAAUGAUCUAGGUUUGCCGAAAUGGCAAUUGGCUGCUUGUCUCGGUUUGGUCUAUGUAACUUUAUACCUUUCAUUAUUCAAAGGCGUUAAAAGCUCCGGAAAAGUGGUAUGGAUGACAGCAACAAUGCCGUACGUUGUCCUGUCGAUCCUCCUGGCCCGUGGAUUACUUCUGCCGGGAGCAACACGGGGCAUCGCCUACUAUUUGCAGCCGGAACUUACUAGGCUCAAGGAUACGCAGGUUUGGGUGGAUGCAGCGGUGCAGAUAUUUUAUUCCGUUGGUGCUGGUUUCGGCGUUCAUCUUUCAUAUGCAAGUUACAACACUUUUCACAACAAUUGCUACAGGGAUUGCUUGGUUACAACUCUAGUGAAUUGUUUCACGUCAUUCUUCUCCGGGUUCGUGAUCUUCACGUACCUCGGGUUCAUGUCGUACAAACAGGGUGUACCCAUUUCCUCCGUGGCUACUGAAGGACCAGGAUUGGUAUUCCAAGUAUACCCCGAGGCUGUUGCUACUCUACCGGGGGCGAGCUUAUGGGCGAUGUUGUUCUUCUUUAUGCUGAUCAUGCUUGGACUGGACUCGGGGAUGGGUGGUCUCGAGUGUGUGAUCACCGGUCUUUUGGACCAGGCGCGUGCGAGCGGUGCACACUGGCUCCGCCGGGAGCACUUCACGCUGCUGGUCGUCUGUGUGUCCUUCUGUAUCGCUUGCAUCAAUGUAACACCGGGUGGAAUUUACAUGUUUCAUCUUUUGGACACCUACGCUGCCGGCAUAUCACUGUUGUGCUCGGCGUUGUUCGAAGCCGUUGCUGUCUCGUGGUUUUAUGGUCUGAAAAGGUUCUCUGACGAUGUUGAAGAAAUGCUCGGCUUCAGGCCCGGUAUUUACUGGAGGAUAUGCUGGAAAUUUGUCAGCCCAAUAUUCAUUAUCGGAGUAGUAGUUUUCGGCUUAUUGUACCAGCAGCCUCUUCAGUAUCAGCAAUACACGUAUCCGCAGUGGGCCGUGGUGUUGGGCUGGGGUCUGGCCUGCUCCUCCAUAUUAAUGAUACCUAUCGUAGCUAUAUACAAACUGGCCACAACUCCCGGAACAUUUAGACAGCGUCUUGCUUGCUGCAUUUCUCCUGAAUCCGAACACGAAGCCAUCCGAGGUGGGGCUCCCGUCAGUCGCUUCACGUGGCGACAUUGGUUAUAUGUAUAAAUGCUUAGCAAGUGACCAUGAAUCCUUGUGUAGUUCGUCGGUUAAAGAAAUAACUAGAGAUCUUUUCUAGAACAAUCUUCGUCACAUUACACUAUUUACAAGUAAAAUUUAAAUGUAAAGUUUUGCAGUUCAUUUGGUUAAGUAUAAAACGCCAAUUCUCUUCUUCUUCUAUAUCGUUCCCUCACUACUGAGGAUCGCGACCACACGCGACGUACUUCCAAUGUGCUCGAUCAUGGGUGGCAUGGACUCCAUGGUACAGACUACCACCGAGUGCUUCUCUUGCCAGAUCUGACCAUCUGGCUGGUGUUCUGCCCACGGCACGCUUGCCUUCUAUUCGACCCGUAAUUUUGAGCUUCUCUAAUUCAUGUCUGGGAGACCGCAUGAUGUGUCCGAAGAAGCUCAUAACACGUUCCCGAAACGCCAACUAGAUUGUUAAUAUUUUACGUGGCAUACGUACGUAAUGAUAAGUUAAAUAUUUACAAACCAUGAUAAGAUAUUGUGAUGCUAAAAUAAACACUUAUCUGACUGAGUGUGCUUGCAAAGCGCAAUGAUUGUAUUGUCCAUGUGAAAAAUGCUCUGCAUUAGUUUAUCAUUGAUUGAAUAAUAAAACUAAUGAAAUGAAAGUCGUUACGUGUAAAAACGGCUUUCUAAUAUUUCAAAACUUUCAAUAUUGUGAGCUGAGAAAGUUUCAUUCAACACCGAGGGACAAAAUAUAGCUUCAAAAUAAAAUUAUUUAAACUACAGCUAAACUUUAUCGGUACUUUUCAUUAUUAGAGCAGUAAUGUGUUUAAAAACCAAUUUUUUUAUUCAAGGACAUGUAUCUUAGGUAUAGAAAAUCUGUACUCGAAACCCAAGAGAAUUGGUUUGGUCAUGAUAAUCGCCUUAUCGUUGCCGCCGCUGACUACUCUCCGAAUCCUGAUCACACAGUAGCCAGUUACCGUCGUCGCUCUAGAUACGUCCUUACGGAUCCAUCAGAUUCGAUAACCCUUGAAUUAGACGCCUUUAGCUCUAACACUAGGAGCAGGCCUAAGGACCCCGGUAACCGUACUCGUCGAACUCGGCAAAGAAUUCAACGUGCAACCUUACCUAAACAUCAGCUUACCUAACCUACUCUUGAGUUGAUAGGUCUCCUUUGGGGCGCUCUGGUAGCUGUUAGCAAAUCCCAACCCUCCUGGCUGAGCCCUUGCUCGUCCACCGAUCCUCGUAAAACUGGAAAGGUCUCCGGGCCACCAGUAAUCCCUCAGUCUUAAAAAAGGAAUUGGUUUUAGAUACCAAGGUUUUUUUUUACUGCACGCAAUGAAGUAUAAAUUCAAAUAGGUUGAAAUGCGGGGUCGUUAUCUCAGUCUUUGGCGACGGGGAAAAAAAUGGUUCCCAAAAUAUGAAAGUGUUUGAGUAAAUAACAAGUUUAAUACAUAUAUAUUGUUACUGUUUCCUCUUCGGAAACUACUCAUUUUCUAUUUAUUAUAAGACACAUAUUAACGCCACAUAAUAAACAUACAAUAGGGUCUAAAUCACAGUCCGAUGAUUUAAAAAAAGUAGGAAAUCAGCUUACUUCACGAUAGUCGAAAUCAACGAUAAAGUAAGUAAAACUACAUACAUAGCUUAGUACGUAGAGACCUAAUAUUUUUAUAACUAUUGUAAUAUUUAAUUAAGUACAUAGUCAAGGUCAAGUAGUUUUUUGUAGUAAGUUGUUUAUUGUAGUAAUUAAAAUAGUUCAUCAGAGUAUGUUAAAAGCUUGAUAGGGUUUUUGCAUUUAAAUUUCUUGUUUAAAACGGAAAUUUAUGAUUGUAUUAAAAUUUAAUAUAGGCUUCACUGGUGGUAGGACCUCUUGUGAGUCCGCACGGGUAGGUACCACCACCCUGCCUAUUUCCACCGUGAAGCAGUAAUGCGUUUCGGUUCGAAGGGCGGGGCAGCCGUUGUAACUAUACUGAGACCGUAGAACUUAUAUCUCGAGGUGGGUGGCGCAUUUACGUUGUAGAUGUCUAUGGAUUCCAGUAACCACUUAACAUCAGGUGGGCUGUGAGCUCGUCCAUCCAAGAAAUAAAAAAUAAAAAAAAAAACUUAAUAAAAAGCUUUUUUCAGCAUCCACCACGCAUUAUAAAAUCAUUGGUGGUUGUAACAUGCUAUAAUAGAAAGUAUGACGAAUAAAUUUAUACUAUUUAUAUAUAAAUAUUACCUUUAACGGGAGCGUAGACGGACUCAGUGAAACGAAUAUCAAAAUGAAUUAAAUUCUAUUAGUGUUUUAUUUGAAUUUGUUAAUAAUUAUUAUAGAAGAUCUAGAUAGAAGAUCUACUAGUGGUAGGACCUAUUGUGAGUCCGCGCGGGUAGGUACCACCGCCCCGCCUAUUUCUGCCGUGAAGCAGUAAUGCGUUUCGGUUUGAAGGGUGGGGCAGCCGUUGUAACUAUACUUGAGACCUUAGAACUUAUAUCUCAAGGUGGGUGGCGCAUUUACGUCGUAGAUGUCUAUGGGCUCCAGUAAUCACUUAACACCAGGUGGGCUGUGAACUAGUUCACCCAUCUAGCAAUAAAAAAAAACUAGAAAAUACAUUAAUAAAAAUAUUGUAAUUAAAAUUAAAAUCUGUGACGUACACAAUAACUUUGUAUAAAGUAUCUCUUCUUAAUCGGUGUAUACUUUGUAUCCUUUAACCUGUAAUCAAUGCCUGAAUAAUGUACACAAAAUAAUAGUGAAUUAGAAAGAUGUAGGUAAUGUUAAUAUUAAUUAGUUUUUAAUGCUAUUGUAUACGCAUGCCUUCAGUUUUUGUUUUUUGUUUUUGUGAUAGUACUUAUGUGUGUACAACUUCUAAAAUAUUCGGAAAGCUAAAAUCUCUAAACUGAAAAAGAACAUAAAAUCAAACAAAAAUUAUAUAUCUAACACAGAAUUUCGGUUCAAAAUACCGUAGGUACUUUAGCGUAAUAAUAAUGUUAACUAUUUCAAGUUGCUUAAUGUCGUAUUAGCUGAACCUUAAGUAGAAAAUUAUGCCGUACUAGCGGACCCGACAGACUUACUACUACUUACUUACUAGACUGAAAAUUAUUUGAAGUCGAUCCAGCCGUUUAGUUGUAGUAUAGAUAAAUAACCUAUAAACCGACUGCAGCGCCAUCUGCUGGGCUGAUUUGUGAAUCUCAACCAUUCAGGGUGCCACCCAAACGCAUACAAAAAAAUCAUUCAAAUCGGUCCAGCCGUUUAGGAGUUCCACUGAUAACUACAAACACACGCACAGAAGAAAUAUAUAAUACCUAGCUGACCCGGCAGACUUCGUAGUGCCUCAAUCGAUAAAUAAAAUACCUAAGCUUUUCAUCGCAUGGACACAUCAAAGGAAAAACAAAAUUGUUAUUUUUAUUUAAUUCCAAGCAUUUUCUUAUUUAUUUAUUUAUUUAUUAAGUUGCACCAACAAAGUGAUCAUCAAUACAAAACAUUGACAAAUGGAUAAAAGUUCAUGGCAGAUGUCACCUCAAUUAUAGGUGCAAUCGACAGUGCAUUAACAUCAAAAAUAAAAAAAUAUAUACAGCCAAGAUUUGAAUACAUUUCAUUCAUUGCUUAAGAUUAAUUUAAUUGGGAGAUGAUCCGCGACAGAUUUUUCCUGUAAGUAGUGAGACAAUCAGAAAAAACAUCUAUUUCACUUAAAAAAAGUUCAGCGCAACCGGACAACUCCGAAGGAACAUUGACGGAGACCACGCUACCGUGGACAUUAUUGUAGUCCCAAAGGAUUCUAUUUAAGGGAGAGUAAGCACCUAAAUUCGAACGAGCGGGCUUUCUUAUAAACGGUUUAUAUUUCUUCGUUCUUGGUAGGUACUUAGGGGCUGAUAUUUUUAUCUGGGUUAAUAGAUUAGGUGUGUCGGUUAUUCCAUGAAUUAAUUUGUACAGAAAUAUACACCCCAUUAGUUUUCUCCGGUUUAGAAGAGAGUCUAAAUUAAAGUGGCAAAGUCUGUCUUCAUAGCUGGGUAACUUCCUACCCAGAUUGUAGUUGUAAGACAAGUACCAUAGAAACCGUUUCUGGACACUUUCCAAUCGUUUCUUGUAUAUUUCAUAGUAAGGAUUCCACACAAUGCAGCAAUAUUCCAAGGUACUGCGUACGAGAGCAUUAUAAAUUGUGAUCUUAGUGUUUGGUUUUUUGAAAUCUUUGCAAUUGCGAAAUAUAAAUCCCAAUGUUUUAAAGCUCUUUCUGGUAAUAUUCUGAAUAUGUGUGCUGAAUUGCAGCUUACUAUCAAUGGUCACACCCAGAUCCCUAAUAGAGUCUACCUUUUAAACCUGCUCUGGACUUCCACAAAUAAUUCACUACCAAAAUUUGCCAAAUCGAUCCAGCCGUUCUCGAGUUUUAGCGAGACUAACGAACAGCAAUUCAUUUUUAUACAUACAGACUAUAUUAGAGAUAUAAAGAUUAAAGUAUAGUAAAAAGUGUAGCCUUAAUUAAAUAGCUGCACUACGUUACUGAUAAUGCUUAUUUCAAUAAACCAGUCCGGCCUAACGCGUCGCAAAUUCAAGUGCAGAAUAACCGGCGGUUAAUCCGGUGAUUCCAAUUCAAUUGAGAAUUUGAAACCCCGUUUCUUGGUGCGGAAAUGAUCUAGUUUUGUGUCUAGUCCAGUGAUCGCUCAUCAACGAAUGAAGCUUGAAAAGAAAUACUUUUUGAUUUAAUUUUAACGAAGUAAAUUUUCGAUAGUAACAUUAUUCUAGAACUGUAGUUUUAGUUUAUCGAGAGCAGAGGUAAGGAGCAGACUAUUAGUGUAUGUAAGAAUGCGACCAAUUAAGGCGGCCAAACAAUAGCAAGUUAUUAAAUUUUUAAAUGCGGCCGACUUCAAUACGUUUGCAGCUGCUAUAUUCAUAUCAAACCGCUUUCUAUACUAGCGCUAUUUUAGUUGGAUUUGGAUUAACGAGAAAAAAACAAUAAGCAAAUACUUUGCCAAAAAACUUCCGCCUUAGUUAGAAAUGAUGCCGUUUAAAUUAGGUUCUGGAAGUUUUUUUUAGGUAGGCAAUUCAUUUAUAAAUUUAAUGAUAAUUUACAAAGAUCGCUAUGCAUACUCAAAAUGUUGAUUGAUACGCCUACGCUACUAAACUGGUUCAAUCUGUAAGUAAGUGAGUGGGUAUUUUGGCAUAACAAAACAAAGAAUUUAUUCUGAAUUUAUCCUAAAAGAAAUAUCCUGUAUGAAAAUCAUAAAAUGCUUACAAAGCUCUGCGUCACACAAAGCUUUUUUCCACGAUCACUUUAGUAGAAAUUAAUCCUUAAAUUAAUCACUUGUAUUUAUGUAAUCAAUUGUAAAACAAUGUUAAAAUAAAAUAUAUUAUGUACCUAUAUUUACGUAAUUGUUAAAGUAGCAAAAUGUAGGAAAUGAUUAGUUGAAAACAAAUUAAACAUUUGUGUCUAGUGGCAAUGCUCCAGGCGAGUAAAAAUAUGUAAAAUAAACGAAAUCUUUGAAUGUUGAAAAUGUAUAUAAUAUAAUUGAAUACUCAUUUAUUGUAUUUGGAAAAAUUAUGUUUAAUGUAAAUUUGUUGUGUUCAGUCAUAAGUUAAUAAAUGUAUUAGAUAAA